AGUUAUUUAUUCAUGAACCUGGCUCUUUGAGCAUCAGGAGGAAAAUUCCUUCAGCGAAUUCCGAAUCCCCCCACAAAAUGGACGAAUUCGACGACGAGUUUGGACCAACAGACCCGCCGGUUGAACCGGAACAGAAUAAGGAACCGGUGGAGGUGGACGAAGCGGAUGCAGAGAAGGAAGAAAAAGCGAAUGAAUCCCGCAAAGACUUGAUUGAAAUUGGCGGCUUUCUAGGCAUAGCAUUAGUCACAUAUGUCCUCUACACCACCAUAAUCACAAGCGCCGAAGAUGUACUUGCAAGGACAACUAUACCGACCUCCGCUACCAUCAUCUGCCUGAAUCUCCCCUACUUCGUGCUUACCCUAUUCGUCCCUUACUACAUCGACAAGGUCCCACUCAUGACUAAGGCGCUUGCUUCACUCGGACUCUUCGCGCUUGCGAUUUUACUUAUAGCCUUAAUUAAAACACCAGGGUUGAGGCUUAUUGGCGUCGUAGUUGCUUCUCUCGGAAUGGCGACGGCGGAGAUAGGGUUCCUCUCUGCGACUUCUCUGCAUCAGGAUUUGGCAAUUUAUUCGUUUACUAGUGGGACUGGACUAGGGGCUAUACUUGGCCCGGCAUUUUAUACAGCGAUGACGACCUUUUUCUGUAUGCAUCCCAGCUCCGCACAGCUCAUGCUGCUACUGAUCCUACCUCUAUACCCCGUCAUCGCCUGGUUCGUCAAUCACUACACGCACCAGCCCACGCCUAGUGCACGUGGCAAUAACGUGGAGUACUCACGCAUCGGUGAAGAUCCCACCAAUCAGGAGGACCGUCACGCCACACUCACGUGGAGCGAGAAAGUCCAAGCGUCAAAGUGCAACAUGCAUCUAGCCGUCCCUCUUCUGAUUGGUCUUUUCGCAGACUACGCCACCAUGCAGGCCGUUGUCACGACGAUAGCUUUUCCAAAUUCUCCUUUCGACCCGAGAGAUCAUUACCAAUACUACACGCUUGGGUUCUGGAUAGGAGAAUUGCUUGGUAGAUCAUACGGACUUGUCCUAUCCUGGGGAAAACCCGACUGGGAAGUCGUGACGGAUAAGACGUGGAUUCUAUCAGCAAUAAUUUCUGGAAACCUGUUUUUUCUUAUACUAUGCAGCGUGUAUAGGUUCUUACCUAGCUAUGUAAUAGUGGUCUUGCUGUGUUUUGUGACUGGCGCGAGCGAGGGUGCGCUCUACCUUAACACAUUUGCGGUAGCGGGAAAAAACAUGCGCCCGCGAUAUAAGGAAUUUUCGCGCGCUUUUUUGACAACGGCGUUGCAAGGCGGAGUAGUGUUAGCAGGUUUUACCGGCUUGUGGCUAGAACCUGCUUUACAGGAACACUGCAAUCACAUGAUCAAAGAGACUGAGUAUUGUUUUACGCGGUCAAUGCAUGGAUGGAACGCCAGCGUGUCCUGCAUCAACUAGGAGAACUAAGAAUAGACUUUAGAAAAAAAAUAAUAAUAAAACAAUUGCGAUAAGAGGACUCAUUUCAGGAGCCUUUGAUCUAAUGGUGUAAGACAAUAAUGCAAACCUUCAAAGAAUGUCAUCUUGAGAUUUUUAAAUGAAUCAAAUGGCAAGUUCUCUUUCAAAAUCGGGAGAAAGCUGUAACGUGAUGCUUUACAGGCAACCAAGAGCAAUACCCACAUAUCGGGCAAGCAAGCCAUAGGGAUCUGUUUAAUUCGCCGCAUUUUGUUUGUUGUGUGACUUUAACAAUCUGGUUUUUGUCGAGAGACAUAAAACAAUGUAAAUACUUCAGAAUACAUGAAUGGGAUAGUAAUAAAAGUAAGGGGAGAAUAGAAA